ACGGACUACGCAGUGCGUCAGGAGGAAGCAGACCCAAACUGACAGAGCCCUCGGUACAUGUACCAGUGGACGGGCUAACACGGAGAAGUAGUCCGCAGCAUGGGACGGACUGUCCCCAGAACCUCUUAUCUUCAGCUCUCACAUCCAGCCACAUCCUUGUGCUCCUGUGCGGGCCGCUCACACGCUCUCAACUCCCGCUAGCAGCCCAGUGCAGCCUCGCUCCUGUCCUCCAACAACAGCAGCAGCGGGGCUAGCCGCCGCGCUGUCCCUGCGGGCCGCCGCACAGAACUGACCCUAGCGCCAGUGAACGGGACACGAUGGUGUACCUGUGGAAUCCUGUGGAGAACCUGCGCUCUUACAUCAUCAGCAGGCCUCCUCUGGUGCUGUUCAUGGUCAGUGUGAGCACACUGGCCAUCGCCUUCCUUACCAUCGGAUACUUCUUCAAGAUCAAGGAGAUCAAGUCUCCAGAGCUCACAGAGGACUGGAACACUUUUCUCCUGCGCUUCAAUGAGGUGGACCUGUGUGUGUCAGAGAACGAGACCAUCAAACAUGGCCUGAAUGAGUCCACCACACCCGAGAGCCUGGUGGUGACCAGCGGGCAAAGCCGCUCCAGCACCCAGAGCCCUCUGCUGCUGGACGAUCAGGGCCCCAUCAACAUCUCUGUGCCCAUCACCCUCACUCUGGACCCCCAGAGACCCUUCGGAGGGUACUCCCGCAACAUCACCCACUUGUAUGCCACCGUGCUGGGCCAGCAGGUCGGCCUGUCCGGGCGUGAAGCCCACGAGGAGGUGAACAUCACCUUCACUCUGCCUGUGUCCUGGAGCUCAGACGACUGUGUUCUGCAUGGGCACUGUGAGCAGGUGGUCUUCAGCACCUGUAUGACCCUCACAGCAAACAGCAACAUCUUCCCCGUCACUGUACAACCUCCUCACUGUGUCCCGGAGACGUACACCAAUGCCACCUCAUGGUACAAAGUCUUCACUACAGUGCGGGACUCAGACACAAAGUACAGCCAGGACUAUAAUCCGUUCUGGUGCUACAAGGGAGCCAUCGGCAAAGUGUACCAUGCCCUCAACCCCAAGCUGACUGUCAUUGUACCAGACGAUGACCGUUCUCUCAUCAACUUGCACCUGAUGCACACCAGCUACUUCCUAUUUGUCAUGGUCAUCACCAUGUUCUGCUAUGCCGUCAUCAAAGGGCGCCCAGGGAAGCUAAGGCAGAGCUCGCCCUCUGACUUCUGCCCCGAGAAGGUACAGCAGGCAGCACUGCACAAUGACACGGACAGGUGGCGCUGUCAGAGGGUUAAGAAGAGCCAGGACUAUAUCAGAACUUACCUGUGAAGGGACACAAGUGGCCCCGCGGCCCCCAGGAGCUCUGUGGACUCCACCCAAAUGUUGGUCCCACUCCAACCAAAGAUGAUUCAAGUGCCUGUAUCCAAGUGUACAUAUGAGAAGAACUCCACACAUAAGACCCUCCCCCUGCUGUCCCCUGCUGUCCCCUGCUGUCCCUGCUUGCAUCCUUAAUCUAGCAAAAUAUCAAAAAGGCUUCCUUCAUUCAUCUUGCAGCUUUUUGGAAGAAUGAGAGAAAUCGUAAAUGGUAGGAGGGUGGGAGACAAAGUUCAUAUCGCUGUUUUUUUCAUACAUUUUUAAAGACCCACUGUGUCACAUUUUAAAUAAGAUUUUUAAAGUGUCCAUAUUACACUGUUUUCUGGUCUAUGUUAUAAUGUUGUUUUCUCAUCAAAAACAUAGCUGGCGUUGUGUUUUGUUUCACUCACAUGUUUAACACACAAACCCUGCAUAUUUAGGCUGUGUUCUUCUCUCAAACAGAAAACACUGUUUUACUUCGUGAUGUACUUAAGGGGUAGUACAGAAAGAGCUCCACUGUGUUUUUAAAUUCCAUACACCAUCUCUAGAAUCAUUUGGAUAAUUUCAGCCCUGGAAUUGCCAAUCUCUACUGAACUAAAAGGAGCUGUUAACUCGAAAACUACCACUUCAUGACAUCACAGUGGAACAGAGCAUUUUGAGCUUUGGAGGUGUGGACAGACUAAUAAUAAGGGGAUACACAAACGUGUGAAUGAAACAAAACACAACUCCAGCUAUGUUUUUGAGGACAACAUUCUAACACGCCUUAAAGCUCACAAGAGUCAAAUUCGCGUAAUAUAGGACCUCUAAAAGGUAUGCAACUUUUCUGCUGGAAGAUUUGCCACUUGCUUGUUUGCUUGGAGAUGUAAUUGUCAGAUCUAUGGAAAGGCGAGUCCUCUCAGAGUAAGGAUGAAUAAAUCCAAGAGAUAUAAAUUUAAAGUCGUACAGUGGAACAUUCCAGGCAAAGCAAUAACAUAUUUAUGGAGAAAAAAACAUAGCAGAUACCCCACUACAAGUCUCCACUGUACCUUUAAAAGCUUUUUAUUUCAUUCAUGUGUUUUUAAAGGUCUUAUUUUAUGCAAAAAUGGACUGAUGUGAGCUUUUAGUCAUGUUAUAAUGUUACCUCAUCAAAAACAUACCUGGAGUUGUGUUUGGUUCAUUCACACAUUUGAGUAAUCCUGUAUUUUUAGGCUGUCUUCAUCUCCAGAGCUCAAAAUGUUCUUUUCCACUGUGUGAUGUCAUCAAGUGGUAGUUUUGAAGUUAGCUGCUAUUUUUUUGCCUCAAUUGAACUGAUUACUUCUACAGUACACUAGAAUAACCUUAUUGCUUUGUUGCCUUUAAAACAAAUGUUUUACUGUUUGUUCAGUUGCAAUUUCCACAGAAAAUCUGUAAUAUCUUCCGGUGCUGAGAAGUGAAGCAGUUUCAACAAGGCUAAAACGGUACCUUCAGCAAUUCCAUGGCUGAAAUUGUCCAAAUGAUUCUAGUGAAGGUGUAUGGAGUUCAGGGGAUCAGUUCCUGUACUUCCACUUAAUGACUUAAUGACUUAAUGACUAAUCACUUAAUAGUGUUUGAGAACAGAACUCAGCCUAAAUAUGCAGGGUCUGUGUUAAACAUGUGAGUGAAACAAAACAUUACUCCUGGUGUGUUUAUGAUGAGUAUACAACAUUAUAACAUAGAUUUAACAUUUUCGUAACAUUGGCCCUUUAAUGCUCAGAAAUGCCAUCAAAAACAUUCAGGUGGAGUGGCUGUCACCAAGGCCAAGUUACAAAUCAGAUCUGCAACGAGAUGAGCCCCCUCAGACUCAGAAUGCAUGUUAUUUCAGGGUGUUAUUGACCAAUAAAAAGACCAGUAAUGAAAAAAGACAGUGUUUACUUUAGUUCUUAGCUGAAAUGUUACACAGUGGGGUUUUACAGCAAUAUAAAGCGAUUAUGUGCUUCUUCUAAGAGUCCUCUCCUCUCAUUGAUUAAGCCUGGCUGCCACUCACUCAGAGCUGACAGAGGCUGACCAAUAGGAGGGCUUAAACCUGUCUGUUUAGCAUCAUGUGGCCCGCCCCCCCACUUUCCAAUGUUUCCUACAAACUUAAAACUUGAGCACUUGAUACAUUUAGAAGAAAAUUAUUGUGCAUUUGUAACACAACAUUUACAAUUUUAAAUUUCUCUACACUGAUAAAAUACUUAAAGGUCCUAUAUGAUGCACUUGCCAAGAUUGUACUGCUUUUUGAUCUCUUUGCUGUAGCACUGGUGUUUUCUGUUUAUAUACAUUUUUAAUAGAUGGCACUGGCUUGAGAAGCAGGUUAAAUCAGGCUCAAGACCACAGACUAUAUAUAUAUAUAUAAAAAUAAAUAAAUAAAUGGACAUAGCUCACCCUGUAACCGCUUCGGCCCAAAUAGGAAGUGAGAAUGGGCAGGAUGGCUCUAAUUAAUUUUCAUCUGAAAAACUGUCAGCUCUCUCUCUGUAACUGCCGCUAUUUUGUCCCUAAAUCAAGAUAUCAACAUUAAUAACAGACCAAUCAGGUGCCUUGUUUCCCGGAGAUCACUCCUGAUAGCGUUACCAAGAGGUUGAUUGACAGUAUUACUGAGCGCCCGCCCUCUGCCAAACCAGCUGUAUGGGCGGAAAGGUGCGAUACUUUCAACACUCUCCUUCCAGAUUGGCUAUUUGGUUGCUAUGAUACACAUGCUCGGAUUUCCAAAUGUGGGUUUGCCCUCCAAAGUAGCUGCUCUAACUGCUAGCCUCAAUGAGCUUCUUCUGGCUGGAGCCGAAAGCUGUGGAUGAUGUCAAACUCCCUCAGUCGACUUCUUUACAGUAUAUGCUCAAAAUAACAGCUGUUAGUGUUGAAGUUGGUUAGUCGUAAAGGUGCAUGGACUGUAUAAACAUGGAGGAGCACUUUUACACAACUAGAUAGCGACAUAAAACUAAUAUUUCAUAAACAUAUCGCAGAUUAUAGGACCUUUAAGUCUUUAUUUCGCUCUGGACACUGCAUUGGCUGACAUAUGAUAAUAAUAAUAAUUUGACAUAUUGUGCAGCCUUAUAAUAGUCACACCCAUUAAUUCUGUUAUGAAAAUCAAAUCUCACUCUUUGUACUCUGUCAGUAUUAAUUUCUGGAUUUCGGCACUGAUUUCAGCACCUCCACUGACAGUUUGAAACAUGCCGACGUUGCGACACGUGGAAUUCCUCUUUUUAUUUCUCCUCUUGUGGCUUUAAUCUUAAUGUUUUGAACUGUUCCACCUUGUGUUUGGUUGAUCUCCUGAUGGACUCUUGCCUUACCAAUGUCACUCUGCCUCGUUAUAGUUUCGAUCAUACUGUUUGUCUUUGCACACCUCCCUACUCUGUUGUUUUGUUUUUAUCAAUGGUUCCACAAUGAUAAAGAGUUUAAUUUUCAGGUGCAGUUCUUGUUAGUGGGAAGACCUAAUCAUAUUAUUACAUAGCUCAAUCAAAAGUAGUACUGUUUAACUGAUUAUAUGCAAAGUCCUGCAACAAAUUUGAAUAUACAGAUUAUAUGAUGUUGAGGUUCUUAUAGUCAGACCUGUAUUACAGAUUUUGGUGCUGUCCUACUUGGAGUAGUACGACAGUGCCAUCUGCAGUCCAACUUCUUCAGAACUGUAUCCCAAAUGUCAGUUGAUAGAGUGCUGUUUCUCUGACCUGAAGCUUGGCGGUUUGAAUCUCACUCACAACAUAAACAUUUCUGGUAGAGCGGUCAGAUCAACCGAUUCAUGGGUUGACGGUACGAUCCCAGCUCCCACAGAUGAAUGCUGUCGUCGUGUCUUUGGGCUAGACAUGUAACCCAUCUCGCCCUCAGUGUCUGCGCACCCUGGUGGAUAAAUGUGUGUGUGAACGGGUGAGUGGUUCCUUGAUGUAAAGAGCUUUGAGUGCCUUGAAGGUAGCUAUAUAAAUAUGACCAUUAAUUUAACCAGACUAUAUAUCAGUAUGAGAGGGAUACAGUUCUGAAGUCAGACUGCAGAUGGUGCUGUCGUCCAACUGCAUAAACCAGCUGAUCAGAAACAUCAGGAGACACUUGUGAGGAAGGUGGCAGAGUGUAGCAGAAACAUGUCAAGCAUCAAACUUUCAUGCUUAUUUAGUGUUCUAAAUGAAGGUAAUACUUAUUUUUAGUUUGUUUACUACAAAUGUGAAGACUACACCAGGACUAAACGAAACCUUGACUAAACCUGGAUUAAACUAGGACUAAAGAAGUCCUGGUGUAGUCCUAGUUUAGUCCUGGCCAAAACUAACUACUAAGAGGUGGUAACAUAUCUGCAUAUACUUCUGCAUUGACAUCACCAUACCAGAGGGGCGCAGAUAUACUUUUUACACCAGAUACCCUUCCUCACUUUGAACGUUUUCUGAAUACAGUACACCUGAAAAUUACGUCUAUAGGCAUAGGAACUCACCCUACUGUUGAAUCAGUUGAGUUAUGUUUGAGUUGCACGUUUGGAGCGCACCUUUUGGGCACUUUGUUUUUCCUCCUGUGAAUUGUCUGUAAACAAUCUGGAGAUUUAGUUGGGAUCUUCCUGAAAUCGAAUAAUGAUGUGUACAUAAUUCUAUUAAUAUGCUGUAUUUAUGACGAAAUGGUUUAUUUUUAUUAUGAUUUUGUAGUUGAUCAGACACAGUGUGAGAAGGUCUGCUGUGUGAGUGACGUGUGUGACUGGAUUCAUGCAUGUUUAGACUAUGCUUACAAGAUUAACAUGGCAAAAUAAAAAUAUUAGGGAUGGGGCAAUAUGGUGAUAUCCAAUAUUUGGCCUGCUGCUGUGGCCGAUAACCGAUAUUUGCCGAUACCAAUAUUUGGCUUUUAAAAUCCAUAACAAGACCCACAAAUUGCUCUUAAAUUGAAGUAAAGAACACUAAUUAACUUUUCACUUUUGUACAAAUAAUAACCUCUAUUUAACUGGAUAUAAAAUAUUUUUGUACAUGUUUGUGUAAUAUACACUCUGUUCAAAAAGGGCACACAAAGAAUGGGCCCAAAAAAUAUCGGCAUAGAAUAUUGAUAUCGAACAUCAGCAUCAAUACUGGAACCAAUAAAAAAAAUACAUCAUAAUCAUAUAUGUAUUAUAACAUUUUUAUUACAAAUUGUCUUUGACCCUGUAAACAAUAACAUUCUAAAUUGUGGAAUGGAGGCAGCUGGAAGCAAAAGUGAAGUGGAACAUAAUGCACUUUGAAUAGAGAAAGUCACUUCAUCAGAUACACAGAUAGAGACUACAGAUAUAUUACACCAUAAAUUAUACUUAAAUACAAUUUUGAGGCCAACUACCUAACUGUAGAAAUUCAAAAUUGUUGCUUAUUUUUUGUUGUAUAGUCUUUAUAGCAUAGUAUAGUCUAACAUUUGGAUUUGUUAAAUCAGGUAAUCAUUGAAAAUAAAUUACAUCUGCUUCAUUUUGCCUCCAGUAAUAUGCCUCCAGUUGACAUCAUUUUAAAGGGUCUAUUCAUACUGAGUUAAUGAUUUUUGAUGCCCAAUACCCAGUAUUAAAGGGCCCAUAUUAUGCUAUUUUCUGAUCUAUGUUAUAAUAUUGUUUCCUCAUGACAAAAAUACCUGGAGUUGUUUUUUUUUCAUUCACACAUUUGUUCCACCUUGUGAUGUCAUGUGGUAAUAAACUCCACUGUGUUUUUAACUCCAUACACCUUCACUAGAAUAAUUUUGAUAAUUUAAGGCCUUUAUUCAGAAUUAUAGUUGGUGAAAUUUUAAGUAUACAUUUCUGAUCUGUUUAAAAAUAAAAAUUUAAAAUUUCACCUUUUAAAUAUGCAGCACAUAUUUUCCAGACCUCAAAUUCAAUAGUCAAAUUCAGAGUGUAAAAUGGGCAGUGAAAAGUUUUGCAGCAAAGAUCCAAAAUACCAAGCCUUAAGCAAUCAGUCCUAAGAAAGUCGAUCUAACUUCCUAAGAACCGAGAAAGGGAAUCUGGUCAGAAUUAGCCUAAUCAAAACCUCAUCUCUUCGAUUCCUUAACUAUAAGACCCGCCCAGAGAAAGGCCAACAGUCUGCCUCUGUCCUCCUCACUCAUACACAAUGUCUUGGCAUAUUGGAUCUUUGCUGUGAUUUUUUUCACUGCAAAUGUUACACUCUGAAUUUUGACUGUUUAAUAUAUGUGUUGAAUAUUUAAAAGUUGUUUGAAACGCAGUGAAAAGGUAUACUUAAAAUUCAUUAACUGAAAAUCAGAAUAAAAACAAUUCAUCUUUUUUUUUUUUUUUUUCAGAGCAUUUUCAGCUUUGGAGAGGUAGACAGACUAAUAUGUGUGAAUGAAACAAAACACCACUCCAGGUAUGUUUUUGAGGUUGUAACAACAAGCCCACGUGAGUCAGUUUUGCUUAAUAAAGGGCCUUUAUAAUAUAUUUAUAACUGAUAAAUAUGCAUGAAUCCUGCAUCAUAGAUUUCUUUUUUUUCUAAUGACAAAUUGUACCACAUCUGACUUACCUCUGUUCUCGAUCUGUUCCAUGUUUCCUGUACCUGUUGAAUGUAUUUUUUAUAAUCAGAAUAAUACGAUGCAAUGCUCAGAAGUGAUUUUAAACUUUGUACAUAUGAUUUUGUUUUUGGCAUUUAAAUGGCUUUACUUGAAUUGUACUCAUCAGUUUUGGUUAAUUCUGUCAUAAUCGUUCCACUUUGACUGCGAGUGUGAUUUAAAAUGGAACUCAGUCUUCCCUGUCCCUGUCUGAUGGAUAUUUCACAAAAAGACAAAAAGGUGAAAUGGGAACCAAAGUGGUGGAUUCGCUCCAUGUGGAUGGCUUCACUUCCUGCUUCGUACCGCACUGGCCUCUGAUUGGCUGUUGAGAGAAUGUGUUGUGUGCUGUGUCUGAACCAUAGAAGUGCUAAGUGCAGCUUGUGCUCUGCUUCAGUCUGUUUCAGGAUAAACUCCACUGCUAAACCAAA